AAUCAAACCCCCAAGAUGGCGGCGGCGUCGGAGGAGCGGAUGGCUGAGGAAGGAGGCGGCGGCCACGGCGACGGCGGCUCCUCUUCGGCCGCCGGCUCUGCCCAGCGACAGCCCCCACCACCCCCGCCGCCGCCCUCGCAGCCGGGGUCCCAGGCGCCCCCGGCCCCGGCGCUUGCUCCGGACCAGCUGCCUCAAAACAACACGCUGGUGGCGCUGCCCAUCGUAGCCAUCGAGAACAUCCUCAGCUUUAUGUCCUACGACGAAAUUAGCCAGCUCCGCCUGGUUUGUAAGAGGAUGGACUUGGUCUGCCAGAGAAUGUUGAAUCAGGGAUUUCUGAAAGUGGAGAGGUACCAUAACCUAUGUCAGAAACAAGUCAAAGCACAACUCCCAAGGAGAGAGUCAGAGAGGAGAAACCAUUCACUCGCUCGUCACGCAGACAUCCUUGCUGCUGUUGAAACCAGACUGUCACUGUUAAAUAUGACUUUCAUGAAGUAUGUGGAUUCCAAUCUCUGCUGCUUCAUCCCAGGAAAGGUGAUUGAUGAAAUUUAUCGUGUAUUGAGAUAUGUCAAUUCUACCAGAGCCCCUCAGCGAGCUCAUGAAGUACUUCAGGAGUUAAGGGACAUUUCCUCCAUGGCGAUGGAGUACUUUGAUGAGAAGAUUGUUCCAAUCCUGAAAAGGAAAUUACCAGGAUCAGAUGUAUCUGGAAGACUCAUGGGCUCCCCUCCAGUCCCAGGACCUUCCGCAGCCCUGACGACGAUGCAGCUCUUCUCCAAGCAAAACCCCUCAAGACAAGAGGUUACCAAACUCCAGCAGCAGGUUAAAACCAACGGCGCUGGAGUGACUGUUCUCAGGCGGGAAAUUUCCGAGCUCCGCACCAAAGUGCAAGAACAGCAGAAACAGCUUCAGGACCAGGAUCAGAAACUGCUAGAGCAGACCCAGAUCAUAGGGGAACAGAACGCACGGUUGGCGGAGCUGGAACGCAAACUGCGAGAAGUCAUGGAGAGUGCGGUCGGAGGCUCCUCGGCCUCUGGGCAGAAUGAGGAGUCUCCUCGGAAGCGAAAAAAGGCCACGGAAGCCAUAGACUCUCUUAGGAAAUCGAAACGUCUUCGGAAUAGAAAGUAAACUGGAAAGUGGUUCCAGCUCCAGAAGAAGACAUGGCUUAGUGGCUUCUUACGCAGUCAUGCUGUCAGGACACUGUGAGCAACACGGUGUCUCUUGGGCUUCUAGGCUUUCAGAACACAACUUAAACUUGAACUCUUUCGUGGUUAAGACAUUCUUUCCCGCUUCUCCUGGGUGAACUGAUGCACAGAAUCUUUUACUUUCCAAUAGAUUUGUACUAACCAGACCUGUUCUAUCAUGUUUUGAGGAGUUAACUUUCCUGUGCAGAUAAUGUUUAAUGUUUGUUUCUGCAUAUAUGCACAUUACAUAAGGAUCUUAAACAAACCCAGUCUUGACAGACUAGAAGUUAAGUUUAAAUACAGAAAAUGUCCUGCUCACUUGAAAGAAAAGACCUACUUUUUAAAUGGACACUAUCUUGUUUUUUAAAAAAAGUUGACUUUUUGUUAUAAGUGACCUUUGUCCGGAAUGUCUGAGAAGUAGUUUAUGCUUUUUGGUAUUGAAGUAAUGGGUAAUGAGAACGGACUUCCACAGUGUUGACUGUAGAAGGGGACUCUACAGUACUGACUAUAUAUUUUUAUAAACUGGCGAGGGACUUCCCCAGUUGUUACAUAUGUGUUUUCAGUUCUCUUUGGGGCCACGUCCUACGCUUGCAUGGAUGGAUGCAUGCAUUGCCUAAUCAGCCCACUUAAAAAGCUCUUGCACUGGUAUUGAUCUUGAACCUCUAUACUUCACUUUUUAGAGCAGCUUCUUAGUUUAUUUAAGUGCUUAACAUCUCUGCCAUCACAGCUUGCCUCUGGAGGGUAAUAGUCCAUUUGUCCUCCAGCUUUACGGGGGCAAGGGAGUAUUGAAGCCCAUUGCUGUAUCUAUUCUCCGUAGGGCUCAGGUACACCGGCUAAGGCAGAACCCCAAAUUCCAAGUCUGUGAAUACCGGACCUCUGGUAACUAGUACUGUUCCUUACUCGCCACUGUGUCACUUGCUGAUCGAAUGUGAUUGAAUAGGGGACGUGACUGCAGGGUGCAGUUUUGCCACUGAAGCCGAGUUCAUUGAAGAAAAGUAAUUCAUUUCUGGGGGUGACCUUAGGGAAGCUUUUCAAUAUUAAUUCCAAGCUUUCCUUAUCCUACAAUGUUAAACAAAAGCUUUAAUUUCUUUUGCACUCCUGUUGUGAGCGUGUAACCAGAAAAGCAUGUCUUGCACUGUCCAGCCUUCUGAGUGGUCACUUUAACAACCUCCAAAUUGUGUACAGUGGUUCUUUUUCCCGGUUGUAUAUUUUUGAGACAUUAUUCAACUAUCACUGUCCUAGUUUUAUUUUAAUGUACUAAAUUAUGUAGCUGUUAUUUGACUGUUAAAUUCUUUUAAACAACUGUUGCCUCGGGCUUCAGUUAUUUAAAGUAAAUUUAGGUGUAAAAUAGGAAAUGGUCCCUUUCCAGGUGGGAGUUUGACACCUCUAUAAACCUAAGUUUUGGUAAGUACCUUCGUUGAAUAAGCACAAGGCUACCACCCUUACAUCCGUCCAGCAUGACAUGGUUAUGCAUCCUUUAGAUAAACCUCACCAAAUGAACCUUUUUUUCCUGUCCAUUUUUAAUAUUGUCCUUACAUAAUAUUGUCCUUAGAUUUUGGUCAAUUCUAUGUCUAACUUUGCAACUCCAUUUACAAUGUAGUAUGUUUUCAAUGAAAAACCAUAAAGUAACAUCCAAGUGUUUUAUGGCUUGUUGGGAAGAUAAUUUUAAAAUAAACAAUUUCCAAAAAAACAUUUGUCAGCCAAGGUCAUCCAUAAAAGUCCCCGUCUGGAAAUCAUUUUCUCAGCAGGUCUCAUUUUUGUAACCAUAGGAUUUAGCCAUGUUGUCAUAAUUUUGGAGGAGGCCUACUGGAACACUCACGGCCUUUAAUAGUCUGCUUUUCUGGUAUUGGAAGGCUCUUAAAAUAACCAAGUACAUGUUUACAGGUUAACUAAGUAUGAUCCUUAUGCAUUGGAGGGAUAUAGCCUUAGAUUGUUUCUUGAAUAGUAGUUAAUGAAUUCCAAGAGUUUCCUGAAUUUCAUUUUAAACUACAUCUAGAUACCCUAGAAUGGGCCUAUAGUCUUCCAUUAGUGAACAUGAGUAUGUGGCAUUCAUAAUAAGCAUUCACACUAUUAGAAUGUAGGUUUUCUAUUUGAAAAUCCAAAGUUGUACAGCAUAUACUUGUAACCAUCUGUCCAUAAGGUUAAUGAGUUGAUGCAUGAAUAUUCCAUAACAGUAGGAGAAUAAAACACUACAUUUUAGUCUUAACUCUUAGACUGUCUAGCUCAAGGACAUUAGAAAACUGCCUUCACCAUUAAUCGGGACAGUUGUUUAUGUUUGCUUUUGGAUAGCAUAGUGGUAUUUAAAGUUCAACAAAUCGCAAAUUAUUUUGAUCACCUAAAACUGACAUAUUUCAGGAAAAUUGUAAAUUAGCCUCCUGAAAGAGCCGUCCUGCCCUGCAUUGUAAGUCAGUGAUUGAAAUGCUAUGUGCUGUUACUGUUGUGUUGUCCUAGGGCAACAUUUCAUGAAGUAGUCCCAUCAUCUUCCUUGGCUGGCUUUCAGAGACUUCUCUGCCGUAAUGGAUCGUUCCCGCUUAAAAUUUAUCAUGGUACACUACUACAGACAUGCAUCGAAUGGGAAAAGGCAUACGUAAGAAAUUCAGGGGGUUGGUCCCACCCCCUUGGCCCAACCAGAUCCUCUGCAUAGAUCCACAUGGACUUGUUUUACUUGAUUUUCACAUAUUCUGAGGUUCUUGAACCUGCCGUUCCUCAAACUCCUCUUUUGAUGUAUAGAGCCUGGAAAUAACGGGGCAAACACAAUGUAUUCCGAGUGAUCGCACUGUUCUAAGACUAUUGGGGUGCCAGCAGGUCUAAAGCCACUGGUUUUGGAAGCAACUUUCUUUUGUGAAAUGUGUUUUUUGGAGUACUGAACUUUACAGGGGCUUGCCUUAAUCUCUAUUUAGUAGUUCACAGUGAAUGCGCUAUUACUCUACAUGUCGAAAUGUUGAAAUGAUUCUAUGUAGCCCCCAAAGUGGGUAAAACAGAGUAUAAAAAAAAAAAAAAAAAAGUAAUGCCUAAAUAAAUAAGCUAAAAGGUGUCACUGCAGCCGGAUUUUUGAGAGAAAAUGGGCAUAUGGAAAUAGGCUGUGUGUAAUAAAUAAUGGCACCUUAAGAUUGCACUACUUUAUGCAUUAUUUUAUAGGCCAUUUCAUAGCCUGCACUUUAAUCUCCAAAGAAACAAUGUAUGUUGUCCCAGUUGUUCCAUAUUAAUAAACCUUUUCCUAAGACAGGGCACUUUAUUUUAUUAUACUGAAUUUGUUUCUUGGAGAUGGAUUCCUUUUUUGAGUUCUCUGUUUCCUUAGCCAUAAUAUUUUCUAGGAUCUGGGAACUCCCUAUCUUGUCUAUUUCCAACACUAUAUAAUCUUAAUUUAAAGUAAUGUACCGCUCAUACUUGGUGAUCAGCACGUUCUUAUAUCUUGCUCUAUCAGUGAGUACCCAUGUGUUAGACUUAGCAAACCCUCUAAAAAAUAUCGUAUGCUGUAAGUAAGAUUCGAAGCCAGGAAUAAAAGGUCUUCUGGAGGAAACAUCCUGUAUGAUGCAGUCUCUUGGAAACGGGUGGUUCUGAUAUGAAAUUCAAUUUGUCAUCUGGUUCUUUGACUUGGGAUUUAUCCGAAUCCCAUUAAUUAGCACCCAAAAAGGUUAAUAAGAUAACAGACUUCUCUAGCCUGUCGUCUGAGGCAAAUUAUUUUCAAAAAAUGCUAAAGCAACUCUACAUAACAAGACUGGCAGCUGACUGCCGUUUACCACGAUCUCACCUCGAAUAGCAAUACAGUUACAUUGGUGAUAAAGAGGAUAGGCUUAAGUCAUGUUGGCCCUUUCCAGCUUCCUGAGAGUCUUAAUUCAGAAAUUAAAUCCAAAUUUUUCCAGUUGUGUCUGAAGAGAACCAUGAGAUUUAGAAACAUUGGUGAUUUAUUCCAUUGCCAAAGUAUACUGGUCCAUAUUCAAAGCUAUACUAAAAGGUCAGAAGUGUUUAAAAUCUCUAUGUGGUACCAUGUCUGUUACCUAUGAGCAACAAUAAAUUACUAGUUUACCUUCUGGAAUUUUAAUUGUUUAUAACCUAAUUGAAUUACUGGAAAGUGGAAAACACCUCCCGGUCACACAACAGGGUACAUGAAUAAAUGUGUUGUUACCAGUGCUACUCGUUUUCUUUGUAUUUCGUGCACAAAAGAAUAUGGAGCUCCGUUGCUAACAAAUACCUUAUUAAUAGCCACCAUCUCUUGAAGCACUGUGUGUGCUUUGCAUUUGUUCUUUUAGUUCUCACAGCCACCUUGUAAAGGAGGCUUUACCAUGGCAGUUGAACUCGGGUUAAGCAACAUGUCCACAGUGUUAAACAGGUAAGCAACUAAGUGGGAUUUGAAUCCAAACCUACCUGCCUCUGAAGCUUCUGUACGUCCUGGUACACUGUGCUAAAAUUCUGAAAACGCUGGGGCCCUUGAGUUAGACUCUAAGUCACAUUAAUUCUCAGAUUACUAAUACGUAGGUGCUCCUUCCAUACAUCUGCGAGAAGCAAUCAGUGCCCCAAUCACCGGUACAAUGGAACUGAAGCGCAGGGAAAAGCUGGGCUUGGAGGAGGCAACUUUCAUCCUAAAGGUUUUUUGGCAAUGUGUUCAACCUAGGCAUCAGGUAAAAGAGAACAUUUUUAAGGCUUCUAGAACCUGUAAUCAUAAAUAGGAGGCAGUACCAGCAGUAGACAUGGUCUGGGGUCACUAGCGUAGCACCUUACUAUAAUAUAUGCUGCCAGUUGUGACCACCAGUUAUUUUGCCAUGCCGGUAAGGAACAGACACCAAAAUUCCUUCCAGCUCCAAAGCUAAAUAUUCGUAUUUCAAUGAAACAAUCAUGCCAAUAAUUACCAGGUUUUUUUUUUUAAAGGUAUAAAAAAACCAAACCCGCUGGCAGUCGAGUCAAUUCCAACUCACAGCAACCCUGUAGGCCAGAGUGGAACUGCCCCGUAGAGUUUCCAAGGAGCGCCUGGGGGAUUUGAACUUUGGACCUUUUGGUUUGUCAGCAGCCGUAGCAGUUAACCACUACGCCACGAGGGUUUCCUUUUAAGGUAUAAUGAUGUGAAAUUGGUCUAAACAAAGUUCUCUAAGGAAGAGUAAACUCUGAUAUUACUUUUUUUUAAUACUAUUUUUGCUGGCAAUAUACGUGAACAUACAUCCAUUCACAAUUUCCACAUAAUCGGGUCAAUAACUGGUACAUACUUCAUAUUGUGUCACCAUUCUGUCUCCACUCAUAUUGUUUCAUCACCAUUAGUUUAGGCUCUAAGCCCCUUAAAGUUCUCUGUGCUUUAGAUGAACUGUUGUCGUUUUAAACUCAGAUAAUUCUUUCUAAGAGUGCAAUGCUUAAGGCAAACAUUAUUAAUGGGGCUAAACUGUUGUUUAGUUUAACAAUGGCCUCAUGGGAUAGUUUCGAUUCAAGAUUUAAAAAUUAUUUCCAGGCAUUAGAUUUGGGGGUUUCCCCAGUCAAUGGCUCCAGUAAGUCUGGUUUCUAUGUGAAUUUGAAGUUCUGUUCCAUGUUUUCCCUCCUUUUGAUCAGGACCCAUCUGUUGGGUCUUUGAUCUGACACCUUCUUUACCCAGCCUGUCCACAACUUAGAUGUUGAGGAAAAAGAUCACAGAUGACUUUAUGUGGAAGGGGGAGGCUGACGGCAGUGGUAUCUCUUGUCCCAGUACCACAUUCUAGUCAACCAGAUAUCACAGCCUAGAAGAACGAAGGCUGCUACUCUACAUGUCAGUCUACGGCAGGUAGGUCAGGGUGAAAAUCUUUAUAUUCUCCUGGUGGCUCAGUUGCUGCCUUAUAAAUUCACAUUGUUAUAAAACCAAGGGUCUUUAUUUUAUUUAUUUUGGGGGGGGGCAGUAAAUAUACACAACAAAACAUUCCCCAUUUCAAUAUUCUUCACAUGUACAACUCAGUGACACUGUCAUAAUCAACCAUUACCUUUAUCUGUUUCCAAAUUUUUCUGUCGCCCUUAACAGAGGCUCCAUGGUGUCCCCCUUUUCCCUCCCUUCUGUCCGCCCCUAGUGACCACUAUUAAACUUUGGUUUCUAUACACUUGCCUGUCCUAGGCAUUUCAUGUAGGUGGGAUCAUGGAAUAUUCUUUUGCGACUGACUGACUCGGCAUGUUUUCAAGGUUCAUCCAUGUUGUAGCAAGUACCAGAACGUCAUUUCUUUUUAGGGCUGAGUAGCAUUGUAUGUAUGUACCACAUUUUGUUUAUCCAUUCAUCUGCUGAUGGACAUGUAGGCUGUUUCCACCUUGUAGCCAUUGUGAAAAGUGCUGCAAUGAAUACUGAUGAGUAUCUGUUUGCGUUCCAGCUUUCAGUUCUUUGGGGUAUAUACCGAGGAGCGGAAUUGCUGGGUCGUAUGGUAGUUCUAUGUUUAGCUUUUUCAGGAACCACCAAACUGUUUUCCAUAGUGAUUAUAUAUACCAUUUUACAAUCGCACCCGCAAUAGAUGAGGGUUUCAAUUUCUCCACGUCCUCACCAACACCUGUUGUUUUUCAUUUUGUUUGUUUAAUCAUAGCUAUCUUAGUGGGUGUGAAGUGGUAUCUCAUUGUGGUUUUGAUUUGCGUUUUUCUAAUGACUAAUCUGUGAUGUUGAGCAUCUAGAAAACCAAAGACCUUUACUAGUAUUCUUGCUUUUCUUUUCUUUCUUUUUGUGUGUAUGUGUGUGUUUUAAGAAUUAUCUUUAUUUAUAAACUUCCCCAUGUUUGAAUUUUAUUCCAGAAACAGUUCUUACAGGAUCCAUUAAAGAUUAUUCCCUUGUCCAGAGAAGUGUGUCUCAGCUUGCUUGUAUACACUCCUCUGGUUUUUGGUGAGUUGUUUCCUCAAAGCAAACCUAUAGGAAAUUGUGAGGGGACAAAAACUGGAGUAAUGUUGGGGCAAAAAGCACAAGUUAUGACUACGAAGGAAAUACAAAUCAAGAAUGAGCUUUCCAGCCCAGUCAGCCAAAUAGCUUUCAACUUUGUGUUUUUUAAGUUCCCUCCCUGCUCCUUUUCUUUAUUAAACAAAAGUCCAUUUCUAAUUAACUGAUUUGUUAAAAGUCUGUGAAACAGCAGCAGUGAAAAUAGUAAAAUUGGCUCUGGGAUGCAAGACUUAAGGUGUGCCCUUCUGUGUUAAAGAGAACACCCCUCCCUACUCAAGGCUAAGUAGGCAAAAGAGGGGUACUUGGGGGAUAAAAGGGGAGAGAGGGUUAAAAUGCUUGUUCUUCCUCUUGAGAGUUGAAGUGAGCUUACAAGAGAACGAUUUAGCUCCCUAGAUGACCAGUUUCCAUAACUCUAGGCAAGUUUACUAGUGGUUACGGCCCUCCAUUCCCAAAGCAGCUGUGAAAUGCAGCUUGUUUCUCAUGGUGGCCAGCUGGCUACCCUCAUAAGAGUGCAAUAAGGGAAGGACUGCCAAGAGGUUAACACAGUGCCCAGCACAUGAAAAACCAAACCCAGUGCUGUCGAGUCGAUUCCAACUCAUAGCGACCCUAUAGGACAGAGUAGAACUGCCCCCACAGAGUUUCCAAGGAGCGCCUGGCGGAUUUGAACUGCCAACCCUUUGGUUAGCAGCCAUAGCACUUAACCACUAUGCCACCAGGGUUUCCACCCAGCACAUAGUAAGCCUGUAAUAAGUAGUGGUGAUAUAUAGAGAUAUGACUACGGAAAUACACAAACUCCCCAAGACUCUGGCACCGAGGGACCCUCACUUCCUUUCCCCCUAGGGGCAGUGGCUGCACUGAGCUAGGUGUUGCUUCAGGUGGAAUGACGCACAUUGGGUGGCUCCAGGCACAGCUGCUCAAGGAGCUUAUGUAAUGCAUUGACUGCAUCCCUGUUUUAAGAAUAUUUAAAUGUAUACCAGCCAAGUGGCUGAGGUCCGGAGAAAGAGGCCUGCCUGUGGGCAUGGCCAAGAAGCUGUCCUGGCAAAGAAUGGUUCCUGAUCCUGAAUUAUAACCUGUUACUUCCCUAAUAAACCCGGUAAUUGUGAGUGUUGCCUGUGAGUUCUGUAUGGCCAUUGCAACAAAUUAUCAGCUUGAGCAGAGAAAUAGAGAGUGCAGGGGGAGGGAUGGCUGGUAUUAGAAUUGGUAGGUAAGUUGGAGGGUAGAGGAAUGUCUAACUACCUCAUAGGAAUCAGCCUUGGUCUGAAGCUGAUGACCUUGAUUCUCUCUCCCCCGCACCUUGUGAAGUCAGACAAAGAGGUCAGAUAACGUUGCCAUCAUAUAUUUACAGCACUCAAAAUAAUGUUCUCUAGUCUUGCAGGCUUUCUAACCUCCUUGGGUAGAUUUAUUUUUAGUCUAUCUUAGUUUUGGCAUCUCUUAGAAUCCUAGAACAUGGAGGUGAUUUAAGGAAAUUACACCCCCUUGGUUUUCAUCACUGAGGUAACUGAGUGAUAUGCACAAGGCCACACACCUUGAUAAAGACAAGUCAGGGUCACUGAACUCUAUCCCUUCCUAACAUUUACACUGCUUUUUGCACUGCCCCACACUGACUUCCUGAGAGCCACAGGACAGCAAACCAGUUCUUGAAGUGCUCAUCCAAGAGGCCUAGAAGGGAGAUUUAGGGCUACAUCUAGUAGAGUGAAGAGAGGUCCCUCUUCAAAUCUCCCCUCUGUGUAGGGCAAUUGAUAUUAUCACCACCGUAAAAGAUAAUCUAGUGUAAGGGUUAAGCAUCUGUGCUCUAAACCAAAAAAACACACUGCCAACAAGUCAUUUCUGAUUCAUAGUGACCCUAUAGGACAGAGGAGAAUUACCCCAUAGAGUUUCCGAGGAGUGUGUGGUGGAUUUGAACUGCUGACCUCUUGGUUAGAAGCUAUAGCACUUAACCACUACACCACCAGGGUUUCCAUAGGUGCCCUAGAAUCGGAAUAAAUGGACUCCUAAUCCCAUCUCUAGUCCCUGAGUGGUGGAAAGGAUUAAUGCGCUCGGCUGCUAACCAAAAGGUUACAGGUUCAAAUCCACCCAGAGGCGACUCAGAAGAAAGCCCUGUCUAUCUACUUUUGAAAAAUCAGCCAUUGAAAACCCUAGGGAGCACAGUUCUACCCUGACACACAUGGGGCCACCAUAAGUCAGAGUCAACUCAAUGGCAACUGAAUCCCAGCUCUACAGUUACCGGCUAUGUAAUAGCAGCUUGGGUACUUAAUAUCGCUGAGGCUCAGUUUUAUCAAUUGUAAAGUAGUUCCUACCUUAUAGGGUUGUUGCAAAAAUUACAUAAUCCAAGGAAACUAUCAAUUCCAGCUCCUGGCACAUACUGUGAGCUUUGCAAAUGUUCAAAAACCAGUGUCACACAGCUUCCACAAGACAGUUCAGGUGAAUUUCCAUUAUGUAGCUAUUUCUCUGAAAAAAGCACAGAAGUUCCUGUAGGUUAUCACCUCUUAAAAUGUGGUCUCUGGGGUCAACAGCCUCUCAAUCAACCUAGGAGCUUCUUUGAAAUGUUGAACCUCAGAACUCUGGGUCUCAUUCCAGAGCUAUUGUGUUGUGUCAAGUCUAUUCCAACUCAUAGUGACCCUAAAGGACAGAGUAGAGCUGGCCAUAGGGUUUCCUUGGUUGUAAUCUUUAUGGGAGCAAAUGGCCCGGUCUUUCUCCCAAGGAGCGGCUGGUGGGUUCAAACCACCAAACUUUUGGUUAGCAGCUGAGCCCUUAACCACUGUGCCACCAGGGCCCUUAACUACUGGAUCAAAAUCUGCAUUUUAUGUACCAGAUCCCCGGUGACUAACCUGCACAUUCAAAUUGGAGAAGUGCUGCGGUAGACGCAUCCACUGUUUUAAAGCCAGGCUUUCCUUGUUACUCUUAGCUUCCCAUAUAUUUAGCCAAAUAAUACUAAGAAAUUUAGCAUUGGCCAGGGCCAGCUUUUACUUUCAAGCCAGCAGGAGUCACCAAACCAAAACAGGAGACAAACAGUUUUGUCACUUUUGGUGUCAUAAGAAAUUUCUAUUAAAAUUCCACCAGUAUGAGAUCAGUCACUAACAUUAGAGAAAAAAGAAGCUGUUUUUAAAAAUGUAAAUGUCGAGAAGUGGGGCCAAGAUGGCGGAGUAGUCAGACACUUCCGGUAAACCCUCUUAUAACAAAAAAAACCCCAAAGACCCUAAAAAAUAAGUGAAAUGAUUAUAUUUAUGACAAGCUAGGUUUUUUUGUUUGUUUGUUUUUAGGAGCCCUGAACAUCAAAGGCAAAGUUAGAAAAUGGACUGAGUGGUAGGGAGAGGGAGAGACGGUUCAGAAAUGGAGAGGAGUUACCCGACCUGAGUCACCAGGAACCCUCAGGCACCAUUCCUGGGAGCGACUGCAGUAGGCUGGUAGUAGCUUUCAGCCGUGGCUUCCUCAGGGAGAAACAGCCAGCCACACAACCUACUCACACCUCCAGGACCAGAGAAUGGCGCUCUUGGAAAAAGCUAAGUACUUGCGUAUAUUUUACCGCACCCCAAGCCCUCAAGCUGGUUUCAGUGGCUGUCAAUUUCCCUGGGCCUGAAAUAGGUCCUGCUAAGUGGUCUGAGCCAUUCUCCUUGGAGAAGGGAUAAAUUCACAACUGAGGGAAAAGAUAAUCUGCCAGCUCCACUAAACUCAGGAGCUCAGGAAAGAAGUGGCUCCCGUCCAGGCAUAAAUGGUCUAUGGACUUUGAAUACCUUCCCCCCUGCAUGGACCUGUGUGGGCCUAUUUCAGGAGAAUAGACCCUUGUUGGUAGAGUGCAACUGUUUCAGUUGUGUGGUGGAGAGGUGGGUGUUUGUUGUGGGACACCGAUUUGCCUAUUAAACAGGGUCCUCACCCAUGCACAUCAGGGGCCAAAGGACUGGUGUCUCCACUCAGGUCACCCAGCCACUCACGACAGGAGUCCAAAGACAACUGGUACCUCCCAAUUCUUACAACUGAAAACAUUGGGUGCCCAUGGUCUGUCUGCAGAACACACCCUCCUGUGCAGUCUACGGCAGAGGGACACACUUUCCUCAGAGACAGUUGGGGAACAAAAUUCUCAGACCUCUGCCUUGUUCAGAGCAUGACCCCUUGCUGCAACCAGAUAACGGUACCUACACCAAUCACCCCUGCCCCUCUAAGAUUGUAGGACAGAGCCUGUACCACACACUUGAUGACCAGCUACCUGGACACCUAAGCUGAAUUCAUACAAGAAAAGUGAAUGGACUUCUAGACUGAUAUACCUGAUAACAGCUCUAGCCAUCUGGUGAUAGGAUGUUAGAGCUUCAAAGGCAAAAAUAAUAAAGCUAGCUCACUCAAGCAACCCAUUUGGGCUUAUCAAACCAAAAAAAAGCAAGAAGCCAGGAUACAGUAAGCAAACAUAAAAUAAUAUUAUAACUUACAGAUGGUUCAGAGACAACAGUCAAUAUCAAAUCACAUAAAGAAACAGACCAUGAUCGCUUCAAUGAGCCCUCAAAACAAUGAAUCAAGGGAUCUUAUAAAUGAAAGUGCCUUCCUGGAAUUACCAGAUGCAGAAUACAAAAGAUUAAUAUACAGAACCCUUCAAGACAUCACAAAGGAGAUCAGGCAAUACACAGAACAAACCAAGGAACACACAGAUAAAGCAGUUGAAGAAAUUGAAAAGGUUCUUCAAGAACAUAAUGAAAAAUUUAAAGCUGCAAGAAUCCAUAGACAGAGAGCACUCAGAAAUUCAGAAGAUUAACAAUAAAGUUACAGAAUUAGACAACUCAAUAGAAAGAGGGGCAGAAUUGUGGAAGUAGAAUGCAGAAUUUGUGAGACUGAAGAUAAAACAAUUGGCACCAAUACAUUUGAAGAAAAAUGAGAUAAAAGAAUUUAAAAAAAUGAAGAAAUCCUAAGAAUCAUGUGGGACUCUAUCAAGAGAAAUAACCUAUGAGUGAUUGGAGAACCAAACAGGGAGGAAUAACAGAAAAUACAGAGAGAAUUGUUGAAGAUUUGUUGGCAGAAAAUGUCCCUAAUACCGUGAAAGAUGAGAAGAUACCUAUCCAAGAUGCUCAUUGAACUCCACAUAACGUAUAUCUUAAAAGAAAUUCACCAAGACAUAUUAUAAUCAAGCUUGCCAAAACCAAAGAUAAAGAAUUAUAAGAGUGGCUAGGGAUAAACUAAAAGUCACCUACAAAGGAGAGACAAUAAGGACAAGCUCGGACUAUUCAGCAGAAACCAUGCAGGCAAGGAGGCAAUGGGAUGACUUAUAUAAAGCAUUGAAGGAAAAAAAUUCCCAGCCAAGAAUCAUAUAUUCAGCAAAAAGGUCUCUCAAAUAUGAAGGCAAAAUUAGGAUAUUUCCAGAUAAACAGAAGUUUAGAGAAUUUGUAAAAACCAAGCCAAAACUACAAGAAAUACUAAAAGGAGUCCUCUGGUUAGAAAAUCAAUAAUAUCAGAUACCAACCCAAGACUAGAGCACAGGACAGAACAACCAGAUGUCAACCCAGAUAGGGAAAUCACAAAAAUAAAUCAAGAUAAAAAAACACUAAAACAGGGAAACAGCGAUGUCAUUAUGUAAAAGAAGACAACAUUAAAACAAGAAAGAGGGACUAAGAGAUGUAGUCAUAGAUCUUUCAGAUGGAGAGGAAGACAAGGCGAUAUAAAGAAAUAAAAGUUAGGUUUAAACUUAGAAUAAUAGGGGUAAAUAUUAAGGUAACCACAAAGGAGACUAACAAUCCUACACAUCAAAAUAAAAUACCAGAAAAAAAUAGAGACUCAGCAGAAACAAAAUCAACAAUGAUGAAUAAGAGGAAAAGACAAUAUAUAUACUACUCAGCACAAAAAAUUAAGUGGGAAAAGGAAACUGUCAAUAACACACUAAAAAAGACAUCAAAAUGACAGCACUAAACUCAUAAAAAAAAAAAAAAAAACUCAUACCUAUCCAUAAUUAUGCUGAAUGUAAAGGGAUUAAAUGCACCAAUAAAGAGACAGUGGCAGAAUGCAUAAAAAAAAAAAAACAUGAUCCAUCUAUAUACUACCUACAAGAGACACAACUUGGACGCAGAGACACAAACAAAAACUCAAAGGAUGGAAAAAAUAUAUCAAGCAAACAACAAUCAUAAAAGAGCAGGAGUGGCAAUAUUAAUUUCUGACAAAAUACACUUUAAAGUUAAAUCCACCAAAAAGGAUAAGGAAGGACACUAUAUAAUGAUUAAAGGGACAAUAUACCAGGAGGAUAUAACCAUAUUAAAUAUUUAUGUACCCUAUGACAGGGCUGCAAGAUACAUAAAACAAACUCGAUCAGCAUUGAAAGGUGAGAUAGAGAGCUCCACAAUUAUAGCAGGAGACUUCAACACACCACUUUUGGUGAAGGACAGGACAUUCAGAAAGAAGCUGAAUAAAGACACGGAAGAUCUAAAUGCCACAAUCAACCAACUUGACCUCAUAGACAUAUACAAAACACUCCACCCAACAGCAGCCAAGAAUACUUUCUUUUCCAGUGCACAUGGAACAUUCUCUAGAAUAGACCACAUAUUAGGUCAUAAAGCAAGCCUUAGCAGAAUCCAAAACACUGAAAUAUUACAAAGCAUCUUCUCUGACCAUAAGGCCAUAAAAGUAGAAAUCAAUAACAGAAAAAAGCAGGGAAAAGAAAUCAAACACUUGGAAACUGAACGAUACUCCGCUCAAAAAAGACUGGAUUAUAGAAGACAUUAAGGAUGGAAUAAAGAAAUUCAUAGAAUCCAGUGAGAACGAAAACACUUCCUAUCAGAACCUUUGGGACACAGCCAAAGCAGUGCUCAGAGUUCUAUUUAUAUCAAUAAAUGCACACAUACAAAAAGAAGACAGGGCCAAAAUCACAGAAUUAUCCCUACAACUUGAACAAAUAGAGAGCAACAAAAGAAACCCUCAGUCACCGGAAGAAAGCAAAUAAUCAAAAUUAGAGCAGAAUUAAAUGAAAUAGAGAACAGAAAAACAAUUGAAAGAGUUAACAAGACCAAAAGCUGGUUCUUUGAAAAAUUAACAAAAUUGAUAAACCAUUAGCCAAACUGACAAAAGAAAAACAGGAGAGGAAGCAAAUAACCUGAAUAAGAAAUGAGAUGGGCCAUAUCACAACAGACCCAACUGAAAUUAAAAGAAUCACAUCAGAUUACUGUGAAAAAUUGUACUCUAACAAAUAUGAAAACCUAGAAGAAAUGGAUGAAUUUCUAGAAACACACUACCUACCUAAAUAACACAAACAGAGGUAGAACAACGAAAUAAACCCAUAAAAAAAGAGAUUAAAAGAUAAUUAAAAAACUCUGAACAAAAAAAUGCCCUGGCCUAGACGGCUUCACUGCAGAGUUCUACCAAACUUUUGGAGAAGCGUUAAAACCACUACUACUAAAGGUAUUUCAGAGCAUAGAAAAAAGCAGAAUACUCCCAAACUCAUUCUACGAAGCCAGCAUACCCGAUACCAAAAUCAGGUAAAGACACCAAAAAAAAAAAAAGAAAAUUACAGACCUAUAUCCCUCAUGAACUUAGAUGCAAAAAUCCUCAACAGAAGUCUAGCCAAUAGAAUUCAACAACAUAUCAAAAAAAAAAAAAAAUUCACUAUUACCAAGUAGGAUUCAUACCA